GUAUAAAUCCCUUCACCGCGCCCGGCGGGCCACAGUGGAGUGCGUCGUGCGGGGGCGGCAGCCACGAAUCGUGGGAGAGAGGGAGCUCCUAUCGAGUGCAGGCGGUGGUCAGGAAGUGGUAGUCAGUGAUAGCUCUAGUCAGAAAUUGGAGGACACAGCAUCAAAGCUCAGCGAGCAACUGAAGACACCGGUGCGCAAAGAUGCGGGCCAUCCUGCUGGCAGCGCUGCUGGCGGCAGCGGCUCGAGCUCAGAUCAACCCCGGUAACCAGUUCUUUAGCGGUCCGCUGGCGCCGGCGCCGCUGACCCCGCUCGGACAGCCGCCGCCCGACGGUGUAGCUCAGUACACGUACGGGUACAAGACGGAGGACCCGGCAGAGGCCACCUACUCGGAGCAGAACGAACAGCGCAACGGCAACGCCGUCACCGGGUUCUACUCCACGCUGCUGCCCGACGGACGCGUUCAGGUGGUGAACUACGUGGCCGACGAGAACGGCUACCGCGCCACGGUAUCGUACCAGACGCCGGACGGCAUCCCGCUGCCGUCGCCGCAGCAGGCGCCGGGCGCGCCGCCGCCGCGCGCCGAGCCGCGCCAGCCAACGUUCCUGUUCUCCGGCCCGCUGCCGCCGCUCACUGCCGACCUGGGGCCCGGCUUCGGCCGGCGGGCCGACAGCGGCGCGCCGCUGGGGUUCGCCGGACCGGCCAAGCGCGAGGUCAGCCCCGGAGAGGGGCAGGGAUCAGUGGCGGCGCCACAGAACGGUCCCCGUUCGGCUCCCCGGCCCGACGGCCGCCGAGAGGGGCCACAGGACGGCCCCCGUCCGGAGGGUAGACGAGAGGGGCCACAGCCGCUGAGCGGCGGACGUCCACAGAUCCGCCGUCUGGUGAACCCCGGCCCGGGACCGUCUCACCAGCCGGGCGGACAGCACGCCAGACCCAACCAGCCGCCGGCGGCGGGACCGGGGCCGCAGGGCCGACCGCCGGCGCUCCAGCAGCGCCGCCUCCCAGUCCGGCCCGCGGGCGUCAGACCAGCUCCCUGGAGUCCCGAGGCCAAUACCGUACCUACCGGCGGCGACCGCGAGCCGCCCGCCGGCGCCGCCGGUGCUGCCGGCGACUCCUGGAGGCUGCAGAGCAGCGCUCCACCGCCGACCGCCGGCGCCUGGCUGGUCGCCGAUAACACCAUCAGACACGGCUGGGGCGGCGCUCCGCCCGGCGGGCAGCCCGGCCCGGCGGCGUCCCCCGCACACCCCACCGCGGCGCCCGCCCAGGACCACUCCUGGUCGCACAAGACGGGCUCCCCAGCCGGACCGGCGUCGCGCUCUGGGGAUGACGAGGCGGCAGCUCCUGCCGGCCGCGUGGUUACGCCGUCCGCCCAGUUCAGCGCCCGGCAGGGUCGCCUCAGUCAGCGGCCUCAGGCGCGGAGCGCCGCAGUGCGCGCUCCCAGGCAGAGUGGCGCCUUCGGAGCCGGUCCCUCCGAGCCGGCGGCGGCCGACCCCAGCCACCCGCUGGCCCAGUUCAUCCACUCGCCUCUGCACCGGUUCUCCCCGCAGUUCGGCGAGUGGAACCCGAUGCGCAUACGCACGUAGUUAGCUCGCGGCCAGACGCAGCAGAGAGACGCCUAGCGUUCGACUGCAAGUAGUUUGUGGACUCAAAGAAUUGGUGUUACGUGUUGGCCACAUCCAAAGACUUGCAUUUAUUGUUUUGUAUGUUAUUUAAAUAGAAUAGACAUGCCUCCUCUGUUGUCGGUUGUAUAUCACUUGGUAGUGGUGAUAUUUUUCAUGUUGACCCUCUCGAGCAUGUCAAUUUUCCGCUUCACUCGCUAAUAUAAGAAUAUCAUACAUGAA